AUGUGUGCUCCGUGCGUAAAGACAAAACAACCCAACCUGCUUUUUGGUGGCCGUUUCUUGAGCGGUCUCAACAGCGGUAUCACCAUUGGUGUGGCCUCACUCUACCUGACCGAAAUAGCUCCUCUCAAUCUUCGAGGUUUCAUCGGGGCCUGCCAUCAACUGGCCGUCACAAUGGGCAUCGUUAUUUCCUACUGUGCAACCAUCAAACAAGCCUUCAACACGGCUGAGCUGUGGCCGCUUGCCAUUGGUAUCGGAGCCAUUCCACCAGCCCUCUCCUGUUUCCUCCUCCCCAUGUGCCCUGAGAGCCCACGCUACCUCUAUCUCAUUAAACAACGAGAAGAGGAUGCCAAAAACGCCUAUGCCCGUCUAAGUCCUGAAGGUGUGGAUAUGUUUACUGCGGAAAUGCGUGAGGAAGCGGAGGCCGCGAAAAAACAACCAGAAUUCAAAUUUAUGCAACUUUUUAAGCAGCCAGAUCUCCGAUUGCCUGUCGCCAUCGCAGUGCUGAUUCAGGUUCUGCAACAGCUCUCGGGAAUCAAUGCUGUAAGAGUUUUUAUACUAUCGUAGUCUUCUUCUGCUCGGGUUUAUUGAUUUUGAAAAAGUCUAUUUCAGUGGACGUAUACUUUUUAUUGAUCAGUGCCAGGUCUGUAAAGUAAUAGAAGUAAGUUAGGGUAAAGCAACCAUAGUUAAGACACCCAUUGAACAGUAGUUAUGGAGGUGAGUGUUGGGGACUGUCAGGCAUGUGGGGGGUAAUUAUAAAGUAUUUUUGUCAGGGGGUUCGGCAGAGGGAAAAUGGAAAGGAGUCUGACGAGGAACUACGCUCCGGUUUCAUAGCUGCCGCGCGACAAGACGGUAUUCGGGAACGAACAUUUUGACCUCAUCUUGGACCAGGGGAGCUUGAGGGUUAUUAUAGACGCAUUCUGAGAGCACAAGGCUGGGUUGGCUAACCGUAUGGCCACUGCUUCUGCCAUCUCAAGCGUCAGUUGGCUUGGGAACUUGGCGUAUCCCACUGACACUUUAUAAAUAACUCGGAAUGCUUGGUUGACACCUGCACAGCGGCCGUUGCCUUCUUGGGCUAAUGACCCAUCAUUAAAUUUCCUUAACAAGACCUUGACAAUUGGAGGUAGACUUGCCGUUUUCAUGUGCUGUGGAAUAGGUGAAAGGAAGCAUUGCAAUACCGCUCUUUGGUCCUCAUGCCACAUCACAACGGCCAUCAGGUCUUCGUUCUUUGAAAAAAGAACGCAAUUAUUAAAAGCCAUAGAGAGGACAACAGAGAUUUUGGUGAAGGGGGGGGGGGGAAGAAUCGAAAACUAAGCCGUCGGACUUUUUGAGUUCUUAAUAACGAGUCUGUUCAAAUGUGGAAAAACUCCAGUCGGUUUCGUCUCGAGUCCAGGUAAAUCCCCGCGGUUGCCUUGGCAGUUGUCACCAGUCCUUCACUGGUCUGCUUCCUUGACCCUGAUUGCAUCAGUCCAGCAGGCUAGAAGGGGGCGAGACUUAUGUGUCUGUUGACCAAUGACAUUUCGAUGGGGGCAUCCAUUAUUUCUUUUGGGUAUUUGGAGGGACAGAUUGAAAUCACCCCUUCUAAUCCGCAUUUACAAUAAUAAAUGAGGAAGUUGACUCUACUAUAACAUGCGAUGUGACCAGGAUCCAGCUGAUCGAUACAUGGAGCUACCCCGCACUUAUCGCGUCCUAUGCUCCUAGAUUAAGGGAUACCAGCUAGUCUCAUCAUUGGCGACUGUGAGGUCUCUCAGGGCGGCCACCCGCGGAGACAAGAGGCGGAUCUGAUAGGCUAAAUCCCACAUUUAAACUACUUGCCCUGUUGUGUUCUCACAUCUUCGAGGAGGGAAAUGCUGAGUAGACGCGGUAAGAUGUGGUUCUGUAGCCGCACCUGACGGACACAAUACUGUUAACCUGCUUAUUUAUUCUGAGUUGGUGUGAUUCAGUUGGCAUGAUGUUGAUGUGCGUUGCAGUGUGUGUUCUGUUGUCGGCCUUGUUUCUUUGUUGCCGUGUCGACCUUUUUCGGAUCAAAGCCGGUGGUCCUUCUUGACUUUCGGUCUGUCUUCUCCUUCUGGCUUUCGCGUUCGACAUUUCAGGGUUAGGGUCAGGGACCAGAGUUAGGGGUUAUGGUUAGGGGUUAUGGUAACUAUUCCUCAGCCACUCAAAGUACAACCGCGCAUUCCCAAUAGCUUUCCUUUUGCAUUUAAAUAUUUGACCUCGUCGCCUGUGCGUCCCCCGGCCCCACCUGUAAAAACCCCUAUUACCAUCUGUCCCAUAUAACAGGUGGCUGGGGUUUGUUUGCCUCAGGUGCGGCUACAUGACCACAUCUGACUGUAGACACUUCCAAUUUGCUCGGUACUUCCUCCCUGUCUUCACCACGAAAGAACGCCCUGUAAAAAGCAUUUCUUCGAUUUCUGAAAUUUUGAGACAGCAGACCCAAACCAGAGGUUAGAUUCGUUUUACACCCCUCAAAAAUUAGAUAGGCAAUCGAAGGAAACUACUUUAUAUUGGACUUGUUCCAACGGUAAAGAUUUAAUAACACGAUAUUUCCAUCAACCUCAGAGGAAAGGUAAACAUCAACUUCUACCCCUCCUUCCAGGUCGUUGCCAACUCGUCUACUAUGCUCAAAAGUGCAAGUGUGCAGGAGGAACAGAUCCAGUACUUCGUCGUGGCCAUCGGCGUGCUCAACGUGAUCUGCACAAUUGUCGCUCUUCCACUGCUCGAGCGUGCAGGCCGUCGAACACUGCUGCUCUGGCCAACAUUCGUACUGGGCGUAACGCUGCUUUUGUUGACCGUAAUGGUGUGCAUUCUGGACAGCAAGCCGGAUAACCAGAAGGAGCCCUAUGCAGUCGGCUGCGUUGUCCUCCUCUUUGUCUACAUUGCCUGCUUCGCUGUCGGACUGGGACCAAUUCCAGCUCUGAUUGUUGCCGAGCUCUUCCGUCAGGGACCGCGAACAGCUGCCUACUCUCUCAGCCAGAGCGUCCAGUGGCUUUGCAACCUUAUGGUUCUCCUCACAUUUCCCGUCUUGAACGUGAGUUCUUUCAUUGGCUUUUCGUUAUUUUUAUUUCCGUUUUCUCGCCUCUCCUUUAAGUUGUUGGAUCUGUAUACUUUUUUCAUCUUCAUGGGCAUGUUUUAAGACAUCCAGAAAGCUGAAUCUUCCUUUCCAAAACCGAAAAUGGUUGGCCCUGUAAAUGAUUUAAGGUUAUCUGUCCUCCCGUUCACAAUCUCUUCUCCCUGACCAACGGUAGUACGCCUAGAGCCGGCUGACAUCGUCUCUCUGCCCCGUACAUCUCAGGGUUUACGAAGGUGCUUCCGCUUGGUUGCAAGUUGGAGCUCCCGUCCGCUAUCAUAUCUGGCUAGGUUCAGUUUUAAAAGUAAGAAACUGACAUAACUUUGCCAUAAGCGAAUUGUUGACUGCUUUGCAUGCAUUGCCGAGAAAACUAUAAUUUCAGAUAUAAACCUUUGGCUCCCAUCAAGGGCAGCUCUCUCCCAGGUCCCUUGUCUGAGUCGCCUAAGGUGGGGCGAGAUCUCCGCACUGUCCUCGAAUAAUUCGUUCUGCAGUUUUUUGACUAUGCACCUACCGAAUGCUUCUUCGUUUUCUUUACAGAAAACAAUGAAGGGCUACGUCUACCUGCCCUUCUUUGCAGUGGUUGUCGUCUGCUGGAUGUUCUUCUUUAUUUUCAUGCCUGAAACAAAGAACAAGACCUUCGAUGAAAUAGCCAAGGCGCUCGCCUCAAACAACAACGUUUCCAAUUCUACGCAGUAUUAUCGCCCUGGAAACAAGCAGCCAGCCAUUCCCUCUCGCUUUGAAUAA